AUGAUGGAAGGAAAUAUAAAGGGGAGUGGAAAAGCAAUAGAAUGCAUGGAAAAGGAAAGCUUACAUGGUCAAAUGGAAGAUAUUAUGAAGGAGGUUAUGCAAUGGACCAAAAAGAAGGAUAUGGCAUUUUUGGCUGGCCUAAUGGAAAGAGAUAUGAAGGACUUUGGCUGGAUGGGAAACAGCAUGAAGAAGGAACACUUUAUAAUGAGCAGAAAGGCGUUUAGGAAGAUGGAAAGAUGAGAUUAG